AUGCGCCCCCAGCUCGUCGCCCGCACUGCCCGCGCCCUCGGCCGCCGCGCCAACUCGUCCAAGGCCAUCGAGAACCCCCAGGUCAAGCAGGCCGUCGAGCAGGCCGACGCCGUCCUCAAGCAGGGCACCGCCGCCGUUAAGAAGGUCGUCGGCCCCAUCGGCGACCGCGUUGGCAGCCUCCUUGGCUCGUACCGCCAGCCCCUCUCGUACAACUGGAACGUCUUCACCUCGCUGUGUCGCCAGGUCUACCAGGCCGAGAAGCUCGCUCCCCCUACCCACAUUGCCCAGUGGGCCAACGCCUACGCCUCCAUCUUCGCCAAGGCUUCGUCGGGCGCUUUCUGGCGCCAGGCUCUCUCGUCGGGCCAGUGGGCCACCAUCGCCGUUGCCGGUGUCGAGGCCUACGGUAUCUUCAAGAUUGGUGAGAUCCUCGGCCGUCGCAACCUCGUCGGCUACAAGAUCAAGGACGAGCACCACCACUAG